AUGCCGCCGAGGAGAGCUACCCGUGCCCAGAUCGCUAGAGAUGCUAGAGAGGCUCAGGAUGAGCAUGUUCAGCCCACAGUUCCUCAUGUUGACCAGGAGACUAUGAGACAGAUGGUUCAGGAUGCUGCUAGACAGGCUGCUCAGGAGGCAGUUCAGCAGAUUGCUCAGGAGACAGCCAGGCAAGCCGCUCAAGAGGCUGCCCGAGUAGCUGCACAGGAGGUUGCUCGUCAGUUGGCUGCAGCUCAGCAAGGUCCUCAGGUUCAUGUGCAGCAGGGUCCGCAGAUUCAGGUUCAGCAGGCUCCACCAGUUCAGGCUCAGCAGGAUCAUCAGAUUCCCGAUCAGCAGGUUCCUCUUCCUCAGAUCCCAGUGCAACAUGUUCCAGCUCAGCAGUUUGCUCAGGGUGUUCAGGAUCUACCGCCACCACCACCGCGACCCCAGGUUUACCAGGCUUAUGAUGAGACAUUCUACAGAUUGACGCGCCAUAUAAGAGACAUGGAUAUGGAGCAUUUUAGCGGGACAAUAGAUCCCAUAGCAGCGCACGAUUGGAAGUUAGCGCUUAAGCGGAAGUUGGAGAUUAUUGAGUGUCCACCAGAGUUGUCUCUCAGAUUGACUAUGCAGUACUUGCGUGGAGAUGCUCUUGUUUGGUGGGAAGGAAUUCGAUUGGAUCAUGAUGGACCCGAGAGGCUUACUUUUGAAGAUUUCAUCCAGGAGUUUGAUAGGAAGUACUUUCCGGAAGAGGCUAUGGAUAAGCAGAAGAGUGAUUUUGAUCAUAUAAGCCAGGGGGAGAUGUCAGUAAGAGAAUAUGAGCGGAAGUUUAACCAACUUCGCAGAUUUGCUGGAGGUGGUAUUACAGAAAAAGACUUGAUCAGGAGGUUUUUGAAGGGGAUGCGAGUGGAUAUUCGCAACAGAUGCCGUGUUGUUACUUACCAGAGGUUGGGAGAUUUGAUGGAGAAAGCCGCUGAGCAGGAGGAAGGUUUGGCAGAAGAGAAGAAGCUUACUAGAGCAGCUCAGAUUAAGUUUGGGAAAGCUCCGGAGUCCCAGAUGAGAGCAGGAGACCACUCGGGAUCACCGAGAUGUCCUCGUUGCCACCGCAGUCAUAGUGGGCAGUGUUUGAGGUGCCUUGUUUGCGGUAAGCCAGGACACAUUGCGAGGUAUUGUCGGGUUAAGCCAUUGGAUGCGCCACCAGUCGGACAGAUUACCGCGCCAACAGCAUCAGUAGCGGCAAACCAGUUUUGUUUUGGCUGUAACCAGUCGGGUCAUUUCGUCAGAGAUUGUCCCAGGAGGGGCAAUGCAGCGCUUCCACCACCACCGAAGCGCCUAGCCAUCGCUCCAUGUGUGUUUACGGUUGGAGAUGCCCAGGGAGCCGAGCCAAUAGCGGGAAUGGUUUCGGUUGGAGGUGAGCCAGCUCACACCUUAUUCGAUUCGGGAGCUUCUCACAGUUUUGUGAGCCCGCAUUUGGUCAAAUCAUGGUCUUUCCGGGGUGUCUUCGAACCGAAGGCUAAGCAGUUUCAGACCGCCGGUACAGAGAGAUUGGGAACAAUCGGAGUUCAUCGUAAUGUACCAGUUAUGCUUGGAGGAGUUGACUUGCUUGGAGAUUUGACGGAGAUGGAGAUGAGUUUCUACGACGUCAUACUUGGGAUGGAUUGGUUGACGAGACAUCGAGUUGUAUUAGAUUGCCCGGAAGCAAGAGAGCUGCAUGAUAUUCCAGUGGUUUAUGAGUAUGCAGAUGUUUUUGAGGCCUUAAAGGGGCCACCGCCAGCUAGAAGUGACGUUCUUACGAUCGAGGUGGAACCAGGGACAGCACCAGUUUCACGAGCUCCUUACCGUUUAGCUCCAGCAGAGAUGGCUGAGUUGAAGAAGCAGUUGGAGGAAUUAUUAGAUAAGGGUCUUAUCAGGCCGAGUACUUCACUGUGGGGAGCACCAGUAUUGUUUGUGAAGAAGAAGGAUGGGAGUCUCAGGCUUUGUAUCGACUACAGAGGGUUGAACAAAGUUACUAUAAAGAAUAAGUAUCCACUUCCGCGUAUCGAUGAGUUGUUAUAUCAGUUGCAUGGAGCUUCAUGGUUUUCUAAGAUUGACUUAGCGUCAGGGUACCAUUAG